CUGUCUCGGGGACAUCAGGGGAGGCACGAGUUGGCCCAUAAGCCUGCGCUCGCGAGUCAUCAGUGUCGGACACGUAGUGGGAACGAGCAGGUCCCGAUGCACAAGUCACGGCAACCCUCGGCGGAGAUGAAGGCGGACUCCGACUGGCUCUGACUUUUAAAAGCCUUUUUCAUUCAGGAGGUUGGUUGCCAAUGGUUAUCAAUAUGGCAGAGCCGUUAUCCCAAGCACCCACCGCUGCAAAAAUGGCGUCACUUAACCGGGUCCGAGCUUUGGCGAUGAUUUUUUUAACUGUCACUGGCUGUUGUGUCACCCCGACAAGUGGCAAGGAAGGGUCCGAGGAGACCGUCAUCAUAGGGCUCCGACUGGAGGACACGGACGACAUUUCCUUCAUGGAUAAGGGCUACCUGCGGGUGAGUGAACGGUCUCGGGUGAAAUUAAGGGUGUACGGGCAGAACAUCAACAACGAGACGUGGUCCAAAAUUGCUUUCACGGAACACGAGCGGAGCCGGACGGUAGGGAGCCUUGACAGCUCCUCGGGGGAUAACCAGAGUCAAGAAGACUCGUCCGGCUUGCAUCCCUGCGGUAUCAGGACUUCGGAUAUAAUUAUAUUACCCAACAUCAUCCUGAAUCGAAAGACGUCUGGAAUAGUUGAAAUUGAGGUCAAACCUCUGCGAAAGACGGAGAGGAGUAAGGCGUAUUACCUUUGCAUCGCCACGGCGACACCGGCGGUGCCCGGGAUGCACGACCCGUGGACGGAGAACACCUGGAUCUACCACGAUGGGGAUGACACCAAAGUGAUAGUGGUGGAGGAGAAAAAGUUUCUGCUGCCUUUCUGGCUCCAGGUCAUCUUCAUCUCCAUGCUGCUUUGCCUGUCGGGUAUGUUCAGCGGGUUGAACCUGGGGCUCAUGGCUCUGGACCCCAUGGAGCUCCAGAUAGUCCAGAACUGCGGCACAGAAAAGGAAAAGAAUUAUGCCAAAAAAAUAGAGCCGGUCAGGAGCCAAGGGAAUUACUUGCUUUGCUCGCUUCUGCUCGGGAACGUGUUGGUGAACACCACGCUGACCAUCCUCCUGGAUGAUAUCGCCGGCUCGGGGUUGAUCGCGGUGGUCAUGUCCACCAUUGGAAUAGUCAUUUUUGGAGAAAUCGUGCCGCAGGCUAUCUGCUCUCGACACGGCCUCGCUGUGGGCGCCAACACCAUAUUCCUCACCAAGUUCUUCAUGCUGCUCACCUUCCCUGCAUCCUACCCGGUGAGCAAGCUGCUGGACUACCUGUUGGGCCAGGAGAUAGGAACUGUGUACAACCGGGAGAAGCUUCUGGAGAUGCUGCGCGUCACGGACCCCUACAACGACCUGGUGAAGGAGGAGCUGAACAUCAUCCAGGGUGCGCUGGAGCUCAGGACUAAGACCGUGGAGGACGUGAUGACGCCGCUGAGAGAUUGCUUUAUGAUCCCCGGGGAUGCUACCCUCGACUUCAACACCAUGUCCGAGAUCAUGAAGAGCGGCUACACCCGCAUCCCGGUCUACGAGGGCGAGAGGUCCAACAUAGUGGAUCUGCUCUUUGUCAAGGACCUGGCGUUUGUGGACCCGGAUGAUUGCACCCCACUCAAAACAAUCACAAAGUUUUACAGCCACCCAUUACAUUUUGUGUUCAAUGACACCAAGCUGGACGCAAUGCUGGAGGAGUUUAAAAAAGGAAAAUCCCACCUGGCCAUAGUUCAGAGGGUGAACAAUGAGGGUGAGGGAGACCCUUUCUACGAGGUUCUGGGUAUUGUCACCCUGGAGGACGUUAUUGAAGAAAUCAUCAAGUCAGAGAUCCUGGACGAAACAGACUUGUACACUGACAACAAGACGAAGAAGAAAAUCACCCAUCGGGAAAGGAAGCAGGAUUUCUCGGCCUUCAAGCCUACCGACAAUGAAAUGAAGGUUAAAAUAUCACCUCAGCUUCUGCUGGCUACCCUGCGUUUCCUAGCAACAGAGGUCGAGCCUUUUGGACCAGUGCAAAUGUCUGAAAAGAUUCUGUUGCGCUUGCUGAAGCACCCCAAUGUCAUCCAGGAGCUGAAAUAUGAUGAGAAGAACAAGCGGGCGGCAGAGCACUACCUCUUCCACAGGAACAAGCCCGUGGAUUAUUUCAUCCUCAUACUGCAGGGGAAAGUGGAGGUGGAGGCGGGAAAAGAGGGGAUGAAGUUCGAAGCGGGACCAUUCUCCUUCUAUGGGAUGAUGGCUCUGACAGCUUCGCCAGUGCCUCUGUCCCUGUCCCGUACAUUUGUGGUCAGUAGGGCUGAAUCACUAGCAGGAUCUCCAGAAAAUAAAUCUCCUCCAAGACCAUUUGGACUCAACCACUCAGACUCUCUGAACAGAAGUGAUCGUAUAGACGCCAUCACCCCAACCCUCGGCAGCAGCAACAACCAGCUCAAUUCCUUCCUGCAGAUCUACGUACCUGACUACUCAGUCAGAGCACGCUCAGACCUGCAGUUUAUAAAGGUAACACGCCAACAGUACCAGAACGCUGUAAUGGCAUCAAGGAUGGACAAAACACCCCAGUCAACAGACAGCGAGUUCACCAAGAUCGAGCUCACACUAACGGAGCUCCAUGACGGAGUGGAGACCCCCACCGUCACCACCACAGCCAGCACCACCAGCACCACCCCUGCCAUGUCCGUAGUUGUGGCCAACGAGACGUCCCACCUGCUCAACCAGCAGCAGAACUGUGUGGGCCUCACCAGGAGCAACCACAGCGCCCACAACGAGGGACCCAUCUAGCCCCUGCCGAGCCCGGUGGAGCCCCAGACCCUCCACCCUGUCUCGUGGACACACACACAGUCGUGACGUAGAUGGAGAUGAGGGAAAGUGGGGAAAUGGAGGCGGGUGGAGUGAGGGUUCUGCUCCAACCAGUAGCCCCCAGUCAGUCAGUCAGUCAGUCAGUCGGUCAGUCAGUCAGUCAGUCAGACCCUUUCAUGGAGGGGCAGUGGGGAAGACGGGUGCUGCAUCACCCUGAAUGCCCCCACCUGAAAGCUGUCAGAAUCCCUGCUGUGCUACACCUUCUAACAGAGGGUGCACUCGGACAGUACCUGUGACUGAGCUUCUUUUUUGGGACAAUCUGAUACUUUUAUGACUCUGACCAGGGGAUGACAGCGUGCAUGCAAACCCCAUCCCUCUUUUCCCCUACAAACACACACACAUGAACACACACACACACACACACACACACACACACAUAAAACAUAACAGAACACUCGGUGUAUUUUUUCCUCAGGCCAAAGACUUUGGUCCACCCUUAUUACACUGGACAGACUGUUUUUUUUGUACACACACACACACACACACACA